CUUCCACACUCAGCUCGGUUCGCGGCCUAGCAUCCCCUACUCAUUCUUCUCCAGGAAGCUUCUCUGGGUUGUGCCAGCUGCUGGUGGUAUCGCCCUCUAUGCUGCCCCACGGCCUCGCGAGUCCCACAAUGUGUUCGCCUCGCCCACUCUCAUUCCCUGUCCUGCGCCGGUACCUCUGGAGCCGAUGAUCAUGUCGCCCUCGGAGUCUGACCGGUCGCUUAUGGGGCGCAUUCUGACUUUCUUGCGCGAGCGACUGAUAGAGCCCAUCCUCACGGCGAAACGAUUCGUGUACCUGUGCUGCAUCUUCGUCCCGGUCCUCUUGGCGGCGCCCAUGCUCAUCAUUGGCCAACCGGAGGAGCGCCUUCGCGGUGAUCGUUGGGGCGCUGUGUGGUGGUACGGGUUUCUUACUAGACAAAUGCAAUGCGCUGGGCCGACAUUCAUGAAGUUGGCGCAGUGGGCGGCUUCUCGUGCAGACCUCUUUCCAGCGGUGCUGUGCGAACGCAUGGGCGCAUUGCACUCUCGCGGAAGGGCUCAUCAUCUCUCUCACACCAAGAGAGUGAUCGAAGAGGUCUUUCAAAAGCCGAUUGAAGAGGUGUUUGAGGAAUUCGAUGAGACUCCCAUUGGCACGGGCGCAAUCGCUCAGGUUUACAGGGCGACUCUGAAGAAAGAUCUGAUCCCACCGUCUCAUCUUUCACCGAAACGGCAGGGCAGGCGCAAGGCGGUCCUACCUCCUGCGCUCACGAACGAACCUCCUCCACUAGUGCCCACCGCCUCCGUGGCAAUCAAAGUUCUUCAUCCUCAUGUCACGAAGAUGAUCAACAGGGACCUCAGCAUCAUGUCGUUCUUCGCGAAUGUUAUCACCAUCUUUCCAGGGAUGCAGUGGCUGUCACUCCCCGAGGAGGUCGCAGUCUUUGGACACAUGAUGCAAGACCAGCUCGACUUGCGGAUAGAGGCUGAGAACCUGGCGAAAUUCGAGAAGAACUUCGAGGCUCGCAAGCUUCCUGUGACCUUCCCCAGGCCGCUCAAGGUGUGGAGCACAAAGGUUCUCUUGGUAGAGGAAUUCGAGAACGCGUUGCCACUAGAGGCGUUCCUCAAGAACGGCGGCGGCCCUUAUAACGAUACCCUUGCGGAAGUCGGACUAGAUGCUUUCCUGAACAUGUUGCUCUUGGACAACUUCGUACACUCCGACCUGCAUCCGGGCAACAUCAUGAUCAAGUUCACGAAGCCUCGUAUACCUCAACUGGAACGCUCGUGGACAUCCCUCGUCAAGCGUCUUACAGGAACGACUCCAAGUGUCGUUGAACUGCCAUCGGAACCCGUAUCCGACCAAACCUCCGACGACGUAGUUAACAACUUGCGUUCGCUGUCGCACGAGCCCGAGAAAUGGCGUGCCGCUCUCGAUCAAGCAAAAGAGGACGGCUGGCUGCCCGAGAUCGUGUUCGUCGAUGCCGGGCUCGUGACCACGCUGAACACGGUGAACCGCUCGAAUUUCCUCGACCUCUUCCGCGCUGUGGCCGAGUUCGACGGGUACCGCGCGGGGACGCUCAUGGUACAGCGCUGCCGCACGCCCGAGCUCGCGAUCGACGUGGAGACGUUCGCGCUGCGCAUGCAGCACAUCGUGCUGAACGUGAAGCGCAAGACGUUCUCGCUCGGGCAGAUCAAGAUCUCGGACAUCCUCACGGAGGUGCUCAAGGCCGUGCGCAAGCACCAUGUCAAGAUGGAGGGUGACUUCGUGAACACCGUCAUCUCGAUCCUCCUGCUCGAGGGCAUCGGCAGGCAGCUCGACCCCGAGCUCGACUUGUUCAAGAGUGCGCUGCCGAUUCUGCGCCAGCUCGGGAGGCAGAUGUCAACCCAGGAGACGAUGACGCAGUUGCCUUCUGGAGAUGUGGGCGCGUUCUUGAAGGUCUGGGUAUGGAUGGAGGCGAGGGAGUUCGCAUCGGCGGCAUUCGUCAACGCCGAUGAUCUGGUCAAAUACGACUGGUUGACCCCGGCAAUAUAGACGAGACUACACAACAGCACUUUAGAUAUUUUCACAGCGGACAGCAGACCUGAACCAUAGCAUGUAGAAUAGCCUACCCAAGCACGCAUAAUCUCCUCAUUCACGAUAUCAAUAUCCCC